UUGCCCGCACCUCAUACCCAUCCCCUGAUCGCACCGCUUCCGCAUCCAUCAUGAACUAUACUCAGGCACCCGACAAUUUUGUCGUCGUCGCUCCCCGCCCCGUCCGCCUCGCUGCGCCCGCAGCAUCGUCCUACGCUUCCUUCCAGCAUGCCAUCCACCGCCCGCAGACCCGUGUCGCUAACAAUGUCCGUCUCGUUGCGGACGGCGUUGACCUCCUCAAGCUAGGCGAGGAGCCUUUCGAUGUGCAUGACGAUUUUGCUUCAUCGACGAAGCUUGCCCCACCCGACUCCUCUGAUCGCGAGUCCCUCUCCCCGCGAGCGUCACCCAGAUCGAGCCUGCCCUCCGAGGCUCUCGAAGAGUUUCUCUCCAUUCUGCAAUCUUCCACUCUCUGCUUCCCUCCGACAUCACCCAUCCUCCGCCCGAGCAACACCAACCUCAACACGCCACACACCUUCUUCUAUGCGCGCUCAUCCAGCCUCAGUCCGGGCCUCUCUGACCACGGGCUCGGCCUGACGCUGUCAGACACCGCAGCAGAGGACGGUACUGCCCCACCCUACCCAUUCAAGCUCCUUGGGAGCGCCCCGCUCGCCUCUCCCGUGUCGCGUUCGCACACGCGUAACCCCUUCCAGCGCCAUCCGUCAUACGACACGGCCUCUACAACUAUAGCGGGCCUUCUGCGCCCGCUCUCCAUCUCUCCGAGCCCUGCAUACGGAAACUGUUCUUCAACAGUUAUGGCGCUGUCGCCGGCGACGGUGCCUCUCCCUCUGCCGACGCCGGAUGAAAUGGAGACUGAAACGCUCUCGUGAGUCACGCGGACUCGGAAGGGAAAGCGGACGGCGGUGCCUCGUCUUUGGAUUUACAUUUUUUGUUCUCCCUGUGUUGUUUAUUCUAACGUCCUCAGAUGUCCAGGAUAUAGUGAACCCGCCUUGGUGGUGCUCGAUUUAUAUUGUUGUUUACGGCCACUAUCUUUACAGUUUUCAACAUACACAUCUUGUACCAUCAGCUUUGUUGUUUCUAGCAUAUUCUCCGCUAAUUGAUGGCGCUUCAGUGCGCCCCACUUUAUAACAUUCUGUUUUGUACCUCGAUUCUUUCUCGUCAUUGUUCUUGUCCGAUCCCUCAUUGCUUCUCACCGCCGCGUGCAGUUAGUCCCAGUCAUCGCCUCGCUUUGUAUACCAGGAUGGAGUGGUUUCCUGCGUGUUUGCCUGCUUGCCCAUUGUUCGUAACCUUUGUACGGUUUCCUUGCACAAUCUACCGC